AUGGGAGAUAUUAAAGACACUAAAAUUAAUGGAAAAUAUUUAAUUGGAUAAAAGCUUGGUUCUGGAUCUUUUGGAGAUAUAUAUUUAGCUACAAACAUAGAAACCAUAGAAAUAGUAGCUGUUAAAUUAGAAGAUUGUAAAAGUAAAUAGCCACAAUUACUUUUCGAAGCCAAAAUAAUGAAAGCAUUAUAAGAUAAAGUUGGUAUUCCUAAAUUAUAUUGGUUUGGAUAAGAAUGUGGUUGUAAUAUAAUGAUAAUAGAUUUAUUAGGUCCAUCUUUAGAAGAUUUAUUUAAUUUAUGUAAGAGAAAGUUUAGUUUAAAAGCAUCAAUUAUGUUAUUUGAUUAAUUAGUUUAAAGAAUUGAAACUAUUCAUUAAAAAGGAUAUAUUCAUAGGGAUAUAAAACCAGAUAAUUUUUUAAUAGGUUUGGGAAAGAAAUCUAAUUUAAUUCAUAUUAUAGAUUACGGAUUAGGCAAGAAAUUUAGAGACUCAAAAACACAUUAACAUAUUCCUUAUAGAGAAAACAAAAAUUUAACAGGUACUGCAAGAUAUGCAUCUAUAAAUGCACAUUUAGGAAUAGAGUAAUCUAGGAGAGAUGAUUUAGAAGCAUUAGGAUAUGUAUUAGUAUAUUUUUUGAAAGGAUAUUUACCUUGGUAAGGAAUAAAAGCAAAUAAUAAAUAGGAAAAAUACAGUAAAAUAAUGGAAAAAAAAAUGUCUACUCCAGUAGAAAUAUUAUGUAAAGGAUUACCAAUUGAGUUUUCUACCUAUUUAAAUUAUUGUAAAUCUUUAAGAUUUGAAGAUAAACCAGAUUAUUUAUACUUAAGAAAAAUGCUAAAAGAAAUAUUUUAUAAAGAAAAUUAUGAAUGGGAUUUUAUGUAUGAUUGGUGUUUACCUAUUGGAGUUAAAUUAUAUAUUUUUUUGAAAUUAAAAUCUUUCUAUAUUUUAUAAAGGGAGAAUAAAUAAGUAAUUAUUAAAAUGGAAAAAUUACUAUUUCUAUUAAUACUGGUCCUCCUGUCAAUUAAUAAUAAAUUUUAAAUAUGA